AUGGAUUUCGAAAACGCAGUGACGGUAACAUGUCCUCUGCUCGAACUGCCCGAGGAACUGCAGAGUGAAGUGCUUCGCAAGGACCCGUUGCACUUCUUCCCAGAUGUAUGCGAUGGUGGAAGGAAAUCGGAUGUCAAUGGCAAGAAGAAUAGUCAGAUCUGUCUCUAUCGCUCCGAACUGGAGCGAGGUGGUCCCAGACGCAAGAACACUCCGGCAGCAGAAAGUCUGGACUACGACAAGUUUGAUUUUGGACGUCUUUUCCAUGUCUGUGAUAUCGAUAUGCUGCACAUUGUUAAUAGUGCUUGUGCGGAAUCAGAUCCGCACAGUUUAGUUUUGGAAUUUGUCGCUUCUCCUGCUAUCAAGUUCUAUCAGCUUGUGCCAGCUGCGAAGUUGAUAGAACAUUGCAUUAUGACCAGCAGGCAGCGCAUCUCAGUCGGACUUCUCUGCUCAAGUGCUAUCGUCACAAGAAGCGAAACAGCUGAAACGCCUUGCAACUGGUUUCCCUUCGGAACGUCAACGUGA